AAACACGUUAAGUAGGUUAUUACGGCCGCUAUCAGAGAGUAAUGUAAUCCUACUAGUCUGUGAAUGUAAUGUUAUAAGAUCUUGUGGUACCUUAUUGAAAAUGCGCUAUGUAAUUUGUGGUAUUGAAAGAAAAAGAACAGCACAGAAAUCAAAACUUAAAAAUACAAGUUCCUUCUGUGUCGUCCAAACUUGAAGUACUUUAUAAUAUCCCUAUAUUGCCGUCUCGCAGCAUCUUGUCCAAUGAUGGAGACAUUAAUUAAUUUAGAUUCUUAUGAUACUUAUAAAACAGUUAUGGAAGAAAUUAUGAAAACACUACACAAAUCUGAACAAAAACAACUUAUGGGUAUAGAAUGUAAUGUUAUUGUUUCUGCAAAAAAUGAAAUAAGGAAAUUAAUCACAUCUUCUAAUUAUGACAUCAGUGAAGUGGUUAAAAAAAUUAUAAAAAAAAAUUGGGAAAGUGAAAGAACACAAUAUUUAAUAUCUAUAUUGGAGAGUAACAAGAACCACAUAUUAUACUCAAUCAUUUUAUAUCAAAAUAGUGUUUAUAAUGAUACUAUUACAAAUCACAACUGGUAUUUGAAACUUGUAUUAGGGACAAGCGAUUUGAAAGUAUUGAGAUAUCCUCUAUUACAACUAGAAUUUUCAUCAGUAAAUGCCAGCGGAUUAGAGACUCAAAGAGUGUAUGAUUUAACUAAAGAUUCAUUAUCUAAACUAAUUAAGGUGGUAGAGAAUUGUAUAGAUACAAAAUAAAAUUUGUCUCAUCAU